GGCGGCGGCGGCGGCGGCGGCGGCGGCGGCGGCGACGCGUCCGGGCAGGACCGAGUCUCCGGCCGUCCAAGCAGGCCUGGGAUGGGUAGUGGUGUGAAGGAAGGCUCAGUGCGCCUUCGUGAUGAUGCCGAAGCUGUCCGGCCCUCGCCCAUCUCCUCCAAGAGAGAUCCCCGGCAAGUGCUCAGUUCCCUGCUGUCCGGGGCCCUGGCCGGUGCACUUGCCAAGACUGCGGUAGCGCCCCUGGAUCGAACCAAAAUCAUCUUCCAAGUGUCUUCUAAAAAAUUUUCUGCCAAGGAGGCCUUUCGGCUCCUCUACUUCACCUACCUCAACGAGGGCUUCCUCAGCCUGUGGCGCGGGAACUCGGCCACCAUGGUCCGUGUGGUGCCCUACGCUGCCAUCCAGUUCAGCGCCCAUGAGGAGUACAAGCGCAUCCUGGGCCGCUACUAUGGCUUCCAGGGAGAAGCGCUGCCCCCGUGGCCUCGCCUCCUGGCUGGGGCGCUGGCCGGGACCACAGCCGCCUCUCUCACCUAUCCCUUGGACCUGGUGCGGGCCAGGAUGGCCGUGACUCCGAAGGAGAUGUACAGCAACAUCUUCCAUGUGUUCAUCCGCAUCUCACGGGAGGAGGGGCUGAAGACCCUCUACCACGGCUUCACCCCCACUGUGCUGGGCGUGAUCCCCUAUGCGGGGCUGAGCUUCUUCACCUAUGAGACGCUCAAGAGCCUGCACAGAGAGUAUAGCAGCGGGCGGCAGCCCUACCCCUUCGAGCGUAUGGUGUUCGGCGCUUGUGCAGGCCUCAUUGGGCAGUCUGCCUCCUACCCACUGGACGUGGUCCGGCGGCGCAUGCAGACGGCGGGCGUCACUGGCCACCCCCGCGCCUCCAUCCUGGGCACACUGCACAGCAUCGUGCGUGAGGAGGGUGCCGUGCGUGGCCUGUACAAGGGUCUGAGCAUGAACUGGCUCAAGGGCCCCAUCGCUGUGGGCAUCAGCUUCACCACCUUCGACCUCAUGCAGAUCCUGCUGCGGCACAUGCAGAGCUAGGCCCUGGCUGCUGGCCCUGCCGGGAUAUGGCCUGGCUCCCUGCAGCCACCUCAGGCCCUGUCCUGCACUUGGAGGCUGAGGCUCAGAGACUCCCAGGCCAAGGCUGGCAGCCCUUGAAGUGCAACGUUGGGACAGUGAGCCUUACUUAGCCAGGCCCUGUGCUGGCCCCUCCCCGCCCCUGCCCUCUUAAGGGCCUGGCACUGCAUCCCAGGCAUCAGGUGAAAGGGCCUGGGGUGGUCAGUGUGCAUACCACUGAACCCAGCCACCCCCACACACCUGCUCUGGAGCCUGCUCUUCUGUGCCCAACUGGUCCUGGACUGGGCAGGCUUUGGCCCCCAGCCGCGCCCUUCCCAGGAGGUGGGGCAACCUGUGCUGCCUUCUCCAUCUUCCCCCAGGCAACCAUCUCAUCCCCCACUGCCUUCUCUCAGAGUUGCAUCUGUCCCAGCCCCAAGCGGAACAGGAAGCCCAGGAGCAGGGGUCCCGGCCUUCCUGCUUGCCCCUCUCUCUUCUGCAGGUCCUGCUGUGUCCGCCCCCCCCCCAGCUAGAGACCCCUCAAUGUGGGCCAUACCAGCUGGAGGUGUCUGUAAAGCCAAACACCCAGGCCACCCCUCUAGGCUAGGAACCCAGGCCACCCCUCUAGGCUAGGAAGCCCCCCCACCCCACAGCUGUGCAGGCAAAGAGGGCUGAGGCCCUUCCUCUGAGCAGCCCUAACAUUCCCUGGGUCCCGGGCAGCCACAUCCAUGGCACCUGUCCAAGACAAGAACUUCCAGCAUGGGAGCUGGGCUGGGUUUCUGGUGACCUGGGAACCCAGCAGGACUGCCAGGAUGGUAGGGAAGGAAGUGCGGGAAACAGACGUCCCCAAGUAUCAGUGUCCCAGAAACACCCUUCCUAAUGACAUCUGGGGUUCUUGAUUUUAAUUUUCAACUUCUCCAGCCCUCACCUCAGGGAUGGAGUCCAGGUAGGCUUGCCUCUGAACUCUGCGGAGACCCAGGCAGCCGGCAGCCUCCUUCCUCCCACACUCUGGCCUCGUUCUAUGGCCGUGUGUUUGUAGGGAGGACCCAAAAAGAUUGUGCUGUGGACUAUUCCCUAGGCUCUGGCAAGAGGGAUCCUGUCCCCCACACCCAUGCAGGAAGAUGAAAGUUCCCAGGUUCUGCUGGCCCCUGGCUCCAUCACUCUGCUGGUUGCUGGUCCCAGUCUGGAGUAUAUUUUCAUGCCAUGAAGACACUUUGUUUAUAUAUAAUGUUUAUAUAUUUUAAAGAUUUGUGCCAAGAUUAUAUUUAAUAAAAACUAAGAUGACUUCUGCUUUGGGCUUUUCUUCAGCCCUGCAAACCCUGCAAACCAGUACUAAAGUGAUUCUGACACAUUUGGUGUCAGAACGUACA